CAAAACAACACUGUACAAAACGAAAAGUUGGCAACGCGAGACGUCCGCGCAUCUUUUUUUCCCUUAAUUAUUUCUUGAUAUAAAAAUUGUGUUUUUCUUCAUUAACGAUGUCAAAAACGACAAAUAAACUGCUGAAAAACACAUGCCGGGUGUGCGGCAAAUACGCGAGCUUUAAAAAAUCGUUUAAAAUCUUCGACAAGGCCAACAAAAAAAUUCUUGGCAACUUAGAGACGCUGACGGGACUGCGGUUGGAAAGCUUCAUUGGGCUCCCGGAACUAAUGUGCGAGUGCUGCAACAUAGAAUUGACAACGGCCAUCAGAUUCCGCGACCGUUGUAUCAGUGCACAACGUGAUCUGCUUGAUGGAAUGAGCAAACAGCAGUUGAAUGACAUACCAGAGCGAUACAAAGCACUCAUCAUGGGCGCCGAUGCAUUGCCAUCGCAAACGCGUCGUGGACGUCAUGCUGUCGACCCCGAGUCGGAUGCCGAAGGCGAAGUCAAUCCAGAUGGCAGCCAAGCGGAGGAGGAGUUCAUCAAAUAUGCCCCGGAAGAAAGUGGUUCAAUUGGUAAAAUCAAAUAUGAGAUAGAUCAGGACAUAGCGGACAUCAUUGAACAUGACGGCGAUGAGGAUGACACGAUAGUCGAGGAGGAUGCACAAUACGAAUGUCUAAUGGCCGACGAUGAUGGCAAUGUGGUGAAGAUUGAGGGCAUGGCUGAUCAGUUGAUUGUCCCCGACCCCACAGAAGUCUAUCUGUACGACUCGGAUGACGAGGUGGCUGUGCUGGAUAAUGUAUUGGACGAUGAGUAUGAGCACGAAACGGUUGUUAAGAAAUCGAGUCUGCCACCAAAGCCAAAGAUCAAAGCUGAUGAUCCACGUCGUCGUGGCGCCGGAGGCGUCUAUAUUUGCGAUCAGUGCGGCAAUCACAUCAAGGGACGCAUGGCAUUCGAGUUGCACUGUCGUCGUCAUCGUGGUGAAAAGGAUUUCCAGUGCGAAAUCUGUGACAAAUGCUUUUGCACUACGUCAGAGUUGAAGCGCCACAUGCGCAAGCACACUGGAGAGCGUCCCUUUGCCUGCCAGUAUUGUGGACGCUGCUUCUCCGACUACACAACCCGAGUGAAGCACGAGCGCACGCACACCAACGAGCGGCCUUACGCGUGUGGCACUUGUGGCAAGGCCUUCACUACCGGGUAUAUCCUCAAGAACCACAUGCUAACACAUUCCGGCUUGCGAUCAUAUAGAUGUGAUCUGUGCGACAAGUCGUUUAUGCUGCCGACCCAUUUAAGCACACAUAUGCGCACCGGUGUCCAUAAGCGAACUGUGGAGAAGUAUCAAUUGAAGCAGCAAAUGCAACACGAUCCGGCUCAUCAGCUUAAAUUGGAAAUGGACGAAGAAAGCUUGCACAUUCAAGAUUAAAAGCUAAAAAACGUACGUUUCUACUGAAAUUGUACACUUAUCAUUUAAGAUAUUGGAGCAUACUUACUAUACGACAUAUAGAUAAAAAUAAAAAUUAUUAA